CUGGUGGUCAAUUUUGACCAAUUUUUUAAAUAAAAAUUUAAAAAUAUCCUUAAUAAAAUUUAUGAAUAUAAUUUUUUUUUAAAAAUUUAUUUAAAGGGCAUUUUAGGUAUUUUAAUUUUCAAAUUGAGAAUAUAUGAACGGUAAUAAAAAAAAAAAAAAAAAAAUCAUAAAAAAACUGUUUACUUACGGUGACAGGUAACUAACGGCGUAGUAAUUAUUGUUAAACCUGGGUGUAACACUACUCUACAGGCGCAACUUAGAACAGUGCACUGUAAACCAUUCUUCGACCGCCAUUUUUAAUAUCCAGGUUUUGAAACCACAAAAUCGAACCUGUGCCGCUUCUUUGUUCACCGUUCAAGAUUGAUUAAAACCCUAAUGUUUCCCUUCUUUAUUUCCGUCAGAUUGAAGUAAUUGUAUAUAUUUCCUGAUUGGGUCUUCAUGGGGAGCAUCAAGCACUUGCCAGAGGCCGUGCACAGUUCAGUGCGGUCUGGCAUUAUGCUGUUCGACUUGACGAGGGUAGUGGAAGAGCUGAUUUUUAACAGUCUCGACGCAGGCGCAUCGAAGGUAUCCAUUGCUGUAGCUGUCGGGACUUGCUGCAUUAAAGUAGUGGACAAUGGAUCUGGCAUUACUCGGGAUGGGUUAGUGUUAUUGGGUGAAAAAUACGCAACAUCAAAAUUUGACCAUUUGACUGAUAUGGACGGUGCCACUGGGAGCUUUGGCUUUAGGGGAGAAGCACUGGGCUCCAUUUCUGAUGUUUCUUUGCUGGAAAUUGUUACAAAAGCACACAGGACGCCAAACGGAUAUCGCAAGAUCAUAAAGGGAUGCAAGUGUUUGUAUCUUGGAAUUGAUGACAGUAGACAAGAUGUUGGCACAACAGUCAUUAUUCGUGACUUAUUUUACAAUCAACCAGUUCGGAGGAAGCAUAUGCAAUCAAGCCCAAAGAAGGUCUUGCAGUCAGUGAAAAAAUGUGUACUUAGGAUUGCCCUCGUGCACCCGAAAGUUUCCUUCAAAGUUGUUGAUAUUGAGAGUGAUGAUGAGUUGCUCUGCACAUAUGCUUCCUCCUCUCCUUUGUCACUCUUGACGAGUGGUUUUGGAUUUGAGGUUUCCAGUUCUCUGCAUGAGUUGGAUGUCUCUCAUGGUGACUUUAAGCUUUCUGGAUACGUCUCUGGUCCUUUUGAUACUUCCUCUGCGAAGGCCUUUCACUAUGUCUACAUCAAUUCACGAUAUAUUUGCAAAGGGCCUAUACAUAAACUGUUGAAUCAGUUGGCAACAAGGUUCAACUGUUUGGAUUUGUGGAAGGCCAACACUACAUCUCAAAAUGGGAAGCAAAAUAGGUCUCAAACAUAUGCGGCCUACAUUUUAAACUUAAGAUGCCCACGUUCUUGCUAUGAUUUAACAUUUGAACCAUCGAAGACAUCUGUUGUAUUCAAGGAUUGGAUUCCCAUACUUACUUUUGUAGAGAAAACCAUCUCAGUGUUUUGGAGUGAAAAUACAACUUAUGGAGAAUCCCACGGUCAUGGUUGUGAAAAAUCAGGAAAAGGAAAUAUUUGGGUAGAAGGUGAGAAUAUGGUAUCAGCAGAAGAGGGAGACUCCCACGGUGAUGGUAGUGACAAAUCAGGAAAAGGAAAUAUGUGGAAAGAAGGUGACAAUAUGGUAUCAGCAGAAGAAGCAAACUAUGAAAUUGCAAAGAAGUGGGGCAAGAUCCAAAAUCAUCAGGCUUCUUUUGGCCUUCCCUCCCCACUCCUGGGGAUAAUAGCUGAAGAGAGUGACCACAAAUGUCACGGGAAGGACAGCAUAUUUUGGAAGUCUCACCAAAAUGUCACAGAAUUUGAAGAGCAUCAAACUGGGGUAAGAUUUGUCGAUCAAACUGACCAGCCAUUCCAGUCAUUUGAUGGAUCUCUUGCCCAAUGCAGAGUGACAGAAAACAGUGACAGCCUGUGGGCAGAUGAUAAUAUUUUCUUUGCAAAAGACAAUUCUUUGAGGAAUAAGUUCUUUGUUACGGAAAAGUCCAAUGAACUUGCUGACAAUAUUAUAGGUUCGAGAUGGGAGGAUGCUUGUCUUAAUGUUGGUGCUAACAUGAGCAAUGGAUUUCCACAGAGUGCAUUAUCUUGUGACUAUUGUUAUGAUGUAGACGAGGUCGGCAAUGAUCUUAAAAAACCCUUUCUGCAGAGUUGCUCCUCAAGGAGAAGACUGCCACUUGAUGGGGCCUCAUUUUCUAGUGAUGGAGAAUUUGAGUUCCAGACUGAUAGCUUCAGAGCCAAACGGAAGCGGUUCAACUCUGAUGAUAGUGUUGAUGUUAGAGAGGUUGAUGAUGGUUACCAGGACUUAGAUUUCUGUUCAGGGACUCUAUGGCAGGAGGAGGCAGCAAGUGGUUGGUCCUCUCCCAAACUAUCAACUAAAUGCGAGAUGCAUACGGGUUUGGAAAAAGGAUUUCCACAGAGUGCAUUAUCUUGUGAUUGUUUUUAUGAUGUAGACGAGGUCAGCAAUGAUCUUAAAAAACCCUUUCUGCAGAGUUGCUCCUCAAGGAGAAAACUUCCACCAGAGGGGGCCUCAUUUUUGAGUGAUGGAAGAUUUGAGUUCCAGACUGAUGGCUUCAGAACGAAACGGAAUCGGUUCAACUCUGAUGACAGUGUUGAUGUUAGAGAGGAUGAUGAUGGUUACCAGGACUUAGAUUUCUGUUCAGGGACUCUAUGGCAGGAGGAGGCAGCAAGUGGUUGGUCCUCUCCCAAACUUAUAACUAAAUGUGACAUGCAUUCGGGUUCGGAAAAAGCCAAACUGGUAAGUAAACGUGACAUGCAUACGAGUUUGGACUUUUUGUCAAGAGAUUCAGAAAAGUCCUUUCCAAUUGGUGGAGAGUGUCUUGCCGAAGAGAAUGACCUUCCACCUGACUCAGUCACUCAAACUAGAAAAUUUGGUUCAAGUCAUUGGUCUUCUGAUUCUGAAUGGUCCUCUCCCUUACUUAGGACUAAAUCUUGUGAUGUGGAACAUUUCAUGUUCAAGAAUACACUUAGAAGGCCCAUUAUACGUGAUGACAACUCUAUAUAUAACUACUGGGCAGACAGAGAAGGGAAGGACUGCAUGUAUAUUUAUGAUACCAUGCGGAAUUGCUCAAGGCGAGAAUAUUGGUCUGCGUCAAAUUGUACAGACAUUUUGUCGGAUAUCAAGAAUUUUACUGGUUCCAAGGAAGAUAUUUGUAGAUCUCUCCAAGGGUAUAGUUUGGAUGAUGUGUUUUCCCCCAAGUGUUCUGAUAUGUUUGCUAAUGAAACAGAGUGGUUAUGUUUAGACUCCCAUGGCAACGAUGGUGCUAACACUUAUGCAGUACCAUCAGGCCACAUUCCUUCAUCAGUUUACCUAGACAAGGUUGAAAACCAAAGGGAUCAUGUUGUAUGCAAAGAAGAGAAAUAUGUUCGUAAAAGAAGGACAAGAAGAAGCCAUUCAGCUCCUCCAUUUUACAGAGGCAAGGCAAAAUUCUUUGCCUUAAACAAUCAUUUAACUAUGGAAGCAGGAGAACCAAAUAGCCCGACCAUCCUUGAUGCCUCUACUUCACGAGAAACUAGUGAGUUGAAGCGUUCACAACUAUCAUCUGUUGUAAGCCAUCUACAUUCUAAGCCAAGUUAUGUGGAAGAUUUAUCAUUCUUUAACAGACCACAUAGAAAAGAAACACCAGAUGUGAUUGAGAUUCCAAAACGUGAAAUGCAAAAGAAGUCCCAAGGUCUUGACAUUUACAAUAAGGAUUCAGCUCAAGACACUACGGCAAAGGAGUUUCAGGAUUCAUUGGAUUCUGGGCUAAAAUGGCGAAACAGCUGUCCACGCACUGCAAAGGGAGACAGAUCACAUAACCUUCACAACCAGGAUUCUAUACUUGACAUCUUUUCUGGGCUCUUGCACCUUUCUGGUGACUCAUUAGUUCCUGAAUCUAUCAACAAGAAUUGUCUGGAGGAGGCCAAAGUUCUGCAACAGGUGGAUAAGAAAUUCAUUCCAAUUGUGGCUGGCGAAGUACUAGCUAUUAUCGACCAGCAUGCCGCAGACGAAAGGAUCCGACUGGAAGAACUGCGUCAGAAGGUGCUAUCUGGAGAAAUGAAGGCAAUUACAUAUUUGGAUGCGGAACAAGAAUUGGUCCUGCCUGAGAUUGGGUAUCAAUUACUGCACAAUUAUGCCGAGCAAGUUCAAAAUUGGGGUUGGAUCUGCAACAUUCAUGCUCAUGAUUCAAAGUCCUUCAAGAAGAAUUUGAACCUUCUACACAGGCAGCCAUCUGUUGUCACACUCCUGGCGGUUCCAUGUAUAUUGGGAGUCAAUUUAAGUGAAAUAGAUCUUCUAGAAUAUCUUCAACAGCUAGCCGAUACUGAUGGAUCAUCAACAAUACCCCCAUCUGUUCUUCGGGUCCUUAGUUUCAAAGCAUGCAGAGGUGCAAUCAUGUUUGGGGACACGUUGCUACCUUCGGAAUGUUCUCUCCUUGUUGAAGAGCUGAAGCUGACCUCGUUGUGUUUCCAAUGUGCUCAUGGGCGACCAACAACUGUUCCUCUUGUCAAUUUGAGGGCAUUGCAUGAGCAGAUAACUAAGCUUGGAUUUGAGAAUGGUGAUUCGGAUGAGUUGUGGCAUGGGUUACGUCGACAUAAACUCAGUGUAGAACGUGCGGCACAACGUUUAAGCUCUUCUGGAGACCAGUGUUGAAUAGUAGCCAUCCAGGAUCUCUGUGGUAUCCAUGUAUAGUUGUAUUUUUAACAGAUAUUUUCACUGUAGAGUCAUUCUUUAGAUUCCAUUCUUAUCAAGUCCAAGAAAAAAGGAACAAAAUAAUAAUAAUAAAAAUUCCUCGUGCAUAAUUCCCGCUCAGUACCAUUUAUAUGUUGGCUCUCCGUCUUGGCCAGUAUACAAAGCAACAUCAGCAAUGUGACAGUUUGUAAUGACUUUUUUCUUUUGUACAUAUUCAUUUUUAUCGAUGGUGAAGAAAAUCUGUUUAGAGGGUAUCACUAUGACUGUAGGUUCAAGUGUUCAACUAUGGUGAAUUUUAACUAAAUAAUGGUCUGUGGCUCGAA